UCUUGUUUUGGGGACUUCUGGACACAUAGCACUGUUAGCCUGUUGGGAUUGCAUAACAACAGAAAGAAAAACGGGGAGAUAGGAGUGAAGGGAGGCCAGUAAUCACAAACCCAAAAGACAGCAGUGCUGUAACGACUAGCAAAAGCGACAGACAUAUAUUUUUAUAUGCUCUAACAAGGCUGAGACGUAUUCACGCUGAAUUGAAUGACUGACAUUGGUACACGAAUGGCUGAAAAGAGGAGGGCAGCGUGUACCCUAAGCCUAAGGGCUCAUGCCUUCUCUGUAGAGUCGCUUAUUGGAGCUGAAAAAAAGAGGAAGCUGGCAGAAGAAUUACAAAAGAGUGCUGGUAUGGGAGCGACCGUCAUGUUAGCGUCAGACGGCGGCCAACUUCAGCUGUCCAUGGAGCAGAGCCCAGAAACUGACAUCUGCGGACAACAACUAACGACGGCCACUGGUAGUAGUUGCGAAGAGGUCUCUUUGGAGAAGACCACUCCUAGCUCAAAGCCCUCACCCUGUUCCCCUUCUCAUGGUACUCCUGGACAUUGUGGGGACAUCCGAGUGGAACUGCAAGGGUCUGAUCUGUGGAAAAGGUUUCACGAAAUCGGGACAGAAAUGAUCAUCACCAAAGCAGGAAGGCGUAUGUUUCCAGCAACAAGAGUCAAGAUUAAUGGCCUGGAUCCUCACCAGCAGUAUUAUAUUGCUAUGGAUAUUGUUCCAGUUGAUAACAAAAGAUACAGAUAUGUAUACCACAGCUCUAAGUGGAUGGUGGCCGGCAAUGCUGAUUCUCCGGUCCCUCCUCGUGUUUAUAUUCAUCCUGAUUCUCCAGCCUCUGGAGAAACAUGGAUGAGGCAAGUAAUCAGCUUUGACAAACUGAAACUCACCAACAAUGAGCUGGAUGAUCAGGGUCAUAUUAUUCUUCAUUCAAUGCAUAAAUAUCAGCCUCGGGUCCAUGUCAUUCCAAAGGACUAUGGUGAUAGCCUUUCUGCAGUUAAGCCAGUUCCAGCAGGCGAAGGCAUUAAAGGAUUCUCCUUCCCAGAAACCAUUUUUACUACUGUUACAGCAUACCAGAAUCAACAGAUAACCCGACUUAAAAUUGAUAGAAACCCAUUUGCCAAAGGAUUUCGUGACUCUGGUCGCAACAGAAUGGGUCUAGAAGCCUUAGUAGAAUCCUAUGCAUUCUGGAGACCAUCCUUACGGACACUGACAUUUGAGGACAUCCCUAGCAUCUCCAAACAAGGAUCAGGUUCCUCAGCACUACUUUCUGGAUCAGGUGUCCCUACUUCUCAUGCCCACUUCUUGUCUGGUACAUCAUGUCCUUCUCCAGCAUUUCACCUUGCGCCCAGUGGCACUCAGCUUUGCAGCCUCAGUCCAGCAGAAUAUGCAGCUUGUAGUACCUCAGGCUUGGCACUUAACAGACACAACAGCUCCAUGGGUGAGACUUAUAACCGACUGAGUACUACUGCAAGUGAAGUCUUUGUUUCUUCCAAGAAUCCUUCAUAUAGUGGGCUUAAUGGUAGUACAGUUAUGAAUAUGCCCAUUCCUGUCAGUGAUGGAGAAACAUUUAGCUGUUCUCAGACUGGUUUACCCCUGCAGAUUUCAGGGAUAUCAUCACCACAGCUACAAUAUAUCAUGCCCACUCAGUCAAGCAAUGCUUUUUCUACCAGCACAUCCCAUCAGAGUUCCUUCAAUACAUUCAGACUGCAUACACCCUAUGGUUUAUAUGGCUAUAAUUUCUCUACCUCUCCAAGACUGGCAACAAGCCCAGACAAGAUUGUUUCUUCUCAAGGCAAUUUUCUAGGUUCUUCUCCAAGUGGCACAAUGACAGACAGACAGCUGCUGCCAAAUGUUGAAGGACUGCAAAUGUUUAAUGGUGGAGGCCAUCGAAAUCUGUUUGACUCUCGAACCAUGGGAGGGAUGACAACAGCAGUUUCUCAAAUGCCUGCCCACAUUGUGUAAAUGAACUCAUAAUCAAAAAUCAAGAAUCUUUUCUGUAAAAAUGAAUUUGAUAAGACUAAAGACUUUUAAAGAAGGAUAAAUAACGGAGGUCUUUAUUAGAAUAUUUUGUAGAAUCCAGAUUGCUAUAUUAUGGUUGUUACACACCUUAAAUCUAAUAAGUAUAUGUGAUUAAUUCUGGUUCAUAAAGCAACUUUGCUAUUCAUUUCCAAAUAGUUUUGAGUAAGCACACAUGUAUGUUUGUUGGACAGAGUUGGGUAAUGUAAAUGCACAUUUAUUCUAAAAGUAUGAGCUGUGCUUCCAGUUUCUUAAUUCUCUGAGAAUGUUUCUAAUAAUCUGAAAAUAUUUGAAAGUAUUUGGUCUAAAUUAACUGUGCCUAAAUAUAAUGUUUAAGACAUAAAACUGGGUCAACCUUCUAGGAAAAGCUAGUCUCUUUAUUAAGCACUCCUGUACUGUAGGCACUUACAAGAAAAAAUAAAUUUUUUAGAGCACAAA